CUGUGAAACAGCUACAAUCAAAGAUUGAGAAAUUUGAAGCCUUUAUUUAAGUCUGCAGCUUCCAGUACAGUAGAGAACUUGGCUUUGGGAUUGGGAUCAUGUCUCUAGAAGUGAAGGAAAAGACAGAAGUGCGCUUGGUGUUCAUGGGAGCAGCAGGUGUGGGAAAAACUGCCCUGAUUAAACGUUUCCUACAAGACAGCUUUGACCCCAAACAUCGGCGCACGGUGGAGGAGCUCCACAGCAAGGAGUAUGAGGUGGCUGGAGUCAAAGUGACCGUUAACAUCAUGGACACAAGCGGCAGCUACUCCUUCCCAGCCAUGCGGAAGCUCUCCAUCCAGAAUGGAGAUGCAUUUGCCCUGGUCUACUCUGUGGACGACCCCGAAUCUCUAGAAGCUGUCAAGAGACUGCGUGAGGAAAUCCUGGAGGUCAAGGAGGACAAGUUCACGCCCAUCGUGGUGGUGGGCAACAAAAAAGACCGAAUGCAAGAACGAAGGGUAUCGGCGGACGACGUUCUGGUGAAGGUGGAACUGGACUGGAACAACUGUUUUCUGGAGGCCUCGGCUAAAGAAAAUGAAAACGUGAUGGAGGUGUUCAAGGAGCUGCUCCAGCAAGCAAACCUCCCCAGCCGCCUCAGCCCGGCUUUGCGCCGUCGCAGAGAGACCUUUCCCAAGGACAUGAGUCUACGACCACCCAUGAAUAAGACCAACAGCUGUUCCGUCUCCUAAAGCUGGCAAGAAAAAGAUUAUCGAGAACGGAAAGGGUCGAGUUGCUUCUCAAUGCCAAUGUUGAAGCAAAGCAAAGAUGCGGAAGGUUCUUUGAAGGCAUGAAAAGAUGUUUUUUGUUACAUAGCGAAACUUCCCCUAAUUCUGCUCCAAAAUCAGCAUCCUCCGCAUUGAUGAAGGAAAAGGGGCAAUGAUUACAGACAAAGGGGAGAAUGAUCAAAGGACAAUGAACUGUUGCAUUUGUGCAAAGAAUGUCUUGAAUGUUUUGAGUUCCUGAAAUUUAGUUGUGUGAUCUGUGUAAAGAGCUACUGAAAUAUUCAAUCAUGUAUAUGUCAAAACGUUCUGACUUUUAUGACAUUGCAAUAUUGUAAUGCCGUAGCAUUAAUGUUUUUUUUACCAUAAUUUAAAAUUUGACUGUAUGACAUUCUUUGGUUUACAAAUCAUUGCAUUACAAGUAUUGAAGUCAACGUGUCUAUAUUUCAAAAUGUUUGGCGCUGUGCACAUGCACUUUUAUUCUGUCAAAAACUCAUAUGAUGCACUGGUGUCUUUUUUUUUUCCUUUUUUUUUUAACUCAGUUUCUUUGGGGGAUUUUGUACCUUUUUGAUUUGCUGUAACAUGCAUAGGAAAAAAUAAAA